AUGUCUCUCACAGGAGAUCUCGACGAUGACGAAUACGUGGCGAAACUCCUCGCCGAAGACGCAAGGAAGAGUUCGGUCCGAUAUUCCUCAAUGGGCAUGUCUGCGCUGUUACCCAAAAGACCGAGCAAAGCAGCCCCGAAGCCAAAUACCCGCUUCCUCAAGAAUCUCGUCCGAGAAGCCGACAGUCACAAUGCAGCAUUGAAGAAAAAGGAAGAACUCGAAGCGAGGAUCCGGCUGAGAAAGAUUAAGGAUUCUGAGGACUCCAAUAAAUCUGGCCAUGGCCAUAAAUAUCGGCAUGACAGAGACCAAGACCGUGAAAGUCGACAUGUUCGAGAGCGGGAAAGAGAGAGCCAUAGGCGACGUCUGAGUGGUGAUGAUGACGGCGAAGAUAACACGAGAAGGGCUCGUCAUGGUCGGCAUGGGAGAAGAGACUCAUGGCGAAGUCGAAGCCCCGAACGCGAGAGGGACAGGGAACGAGAACGCGACCGGCCCGAAAAGAGAGUAUAUGACGACGAUGAGCGUAAUGAUGAAGGAAGAUCUAAGCAUAAGGAGUCGUCCCGAAGGUUACGGUCCAGAUCACGAUCUAGGAGUCGUGAGGGCAGAAGUAGCCUUUCCCGGCGCACGCACGACCGACACCAACGGCGAGACUCUCCCGUUAUCUUAGAUAUAGAGGGGGAAGAAGAAAGGCAACAAAGUAGGCCAAGAGGCCACGCCUCUCGCCGACGCCGAUCUCGAUUCCGGAGCCGAAGUCGCAGCACCUCCCUCUCUUCAGCAUCGACAACGACCUCGGAUCCCCUGUCUUCUCUGAUCGGACCGGCCCCCACACUCAGCAAACGCGGCCGAGGCUUCCAACGCAGCCCCGGAGCUUCCAACAUGGACGCCCAUUUCGCCUCGACAUACAAUCCCUCUCUAGACGUUGAGGGUGAUGCAGAUCCCGACUCCGCUUCCGACGGCGUCAAUUGGGACAACGCGCUCGAAGCUCUGCGCGAUCGCCGAGCCUGGCGCGCUAAACAGGCAGACCGGAUGCGUGAAGCCGGAUUCGACGAGAAGGACAUCAGCCGGUGGGAGAAGACGGCAUCACGAGCAAGUCGUCUAGAUGGUGGUGGCGAUGUGGACGGAGAUGUGAGAGACGUCAGGUGGCGGAAGAAAGGGGAGGAAAGAGAAUGGGAUGCAGGCAAAGCAAUGGUGGAUGUUUAA